AUGCGAAACAUUGGCACCGGCCUCAGCAACGGGCGGCUCUCAGCUACCAUGCUGGUUCUUUUCCUGGGCAUGCUCACCGCAAACCUCGACACGACUAUCCUCGCUGCCGCCAUUCCCAGGAUCACCGACGAGUUCGAGACUUUGGCAGACAUCGGGUGGUAUGGAUCGGCAACGUUCUUGACAUUCGCCGCGUUCCAGACUACCUGGGCAAAUGCCUACAAGUACUUCGACAUCAAGUGGACCUACGCCCUCACUCUCGCCAUCUUCGAGCUGGGAAGCAUCAUUUGUGCUGUCGCUCAGAACAGCGCAACGCUCAUCGCUGGCCGUGCCAUCGCCGGUGUUGGUGCUGCGGGCCUCACCACUGGCACCUUUGUCAUAAUCGGCUACACAGUCAUAGAGGAGCUCCGUCCCGCAUUCAUGGGCGUUCUGGGCGCUACUUACGCCAUGGCCUCCUUCAUCGGUCCCAUCGUCGGCGGCGCUUUUACUCAGAACGUCACAUGGCGCUGGUGCUUUUGGAUCAAUCUCCCUAUCGGAGGGGCUGCGAUCGCUCUUCUUAUUCCAUUCUACAAUAAUCCGGAACAUGCGAAGCCCCUAAAAGCUACAUGGCAGGAGAAGUUGCUGCAGUUGGAUCCGGUAGGCGGUAGCCUAAUCCUGACAUCUGUCAUUUGCUAUCUGCUGGCACUGCAAUGGGGCGGGCUCGAGAAAUCGUGGUCCAACAGCACCGUCAUUGGCACGCUGAUUGGCUUUGGUCUCCUCUCCAUUGCCUGCGGCGUGAACGAAAUCUGGAUGGGUGAGAGGGCGUCCAUCGUUCCUCGACUGCUCAAAAUCCGACGUAUCCUUGUCAACCAGUUUGUCGUCUUUUUCAACUCGGGAGGCCAGUUCAUCUUGGCCUAUUACCUUCCCAUCUACUUCCAGUCGCUACGGAACGACUCUCCUCUCCAGUCCGGCGUUCACAACCUCCCGUUUCUCAUCGGAGGUCUCUUUUCAAUGGCCUCGGGGGCUCUUCUUAGCGCCACAAACCGGUGGCUCACAUUCUUGUUGCCCGCCGCCGCUCUCAGUGCUGUGGGUGGUGGUUUGCUGUGUACCCUCAAUGCUGAUACGUCUACUGCGAAGUGGGUUGGGUACCAGAUUCUCGCCGGCUCAACGACGGGCUUUGUAUCCCAGAUACCCGUGAUGAGCAACACGGCUAUCGUUGACGUUACCGACGUGGGCUCCACUUCCGCCAUGACUCUUCUCUUCCAGCUUCUCGGCGGUUCUUUCUCUGUGUCUGCCGCGCAGUCAGUCUUCGGUAACCUCCUCCUAAGGCGCCUCUCUAGGACAGCCCCGCAAAUUUCGCCAGCUUAUAUCCUGACCACCGGGGUAUCGGACUUGCGACGAGCCUUCACGCCUGAAGAGCUUCCUCUCAUCCUUGACGGAUAUACCGAGGGUAUACAGGGAGCUUUUGCUGUGGCCACAGCCAUGAUGGCUGCAAGCGUCAUUGCCGGUCUUUUUCCGAAGUGGGAGAAACUUCGUCCUGCUGCCUUGCAAAGCACGGAGGAAUCUACGGCAAGCGAAAAGACGCUGCGCGCAAACUCUGAGUUGGUGGUUGUUGAUUCUAGCCCGAAGUAA